GUGACACUGUUUCUCCCGGCUGGCGGACUAGCGGCUGGCGGGAGGCUGAGGCCCCGGCCCGUGGCCCACUUCCUUCAGUCUGUUCGGUGUUCGGCUGCGAGUCGCUGUGUCCCGCUACCCGCUACCUGCUACCCGCUACCCGCUGACAUGACCACCACCAAGCUCCGUAGGCCUGGCCUACCCGCAUACCUAGGCCUCUACUCCUGUAAGAAACCGGUGCCACUGAGGAUGGAGUGUGGAGUGCUGCGAGGUGGGGGCGGUGGGGAUGUCGAGGAGAGGCGAAGUCCUGCCAAGACCGGUCUGCACGUGAACUUCAUAGAGAAGGGAGAAGUGAAGGAGAGGCGGGAGAAGUUCCUGACAGCUAAAUACGGCAGCCACCAGAUGUCGCUCAUCAGGAAGCGGCUAGCUGUGGAAAUGUGGUUGUAUGACGAGCUGCAGAAGCUGUAUGAAUCAUCGUCAAACACAGACAAAGACAGCAAGAACAGAGAGGUGGAGGUGGACAUAGACGAGCUCCUAGAUAUGGACAACGAUGACCAAAGGAGACGGCAUCUACAGGAGCUGCUUGUAGAUGCAAAGAAGUCCGCCCACGAUGUGAAGAAAUUUGUGGAUGACCUGCUGGAGCGGACCAAGACCCUGUAAUGUCGCAGCUCACCGUCCGUCGUGCGACACAACACCAAAUAUCGUCGUAGGUCCUGAUCACUUUAUCUGUCGUCGGUGUCUUGCCAGCGUUCCACACAAGACUGAGACUGAGACGUCUAGGCCUAACUCCGUUUGUUGAUGGGUUCCAUCAAUUCAUUAAUAUAAGGAUCUGUUUUUACUACUGUUUCGCUUGCUCUUCUCUUAACUUAUUUCGUAUUUAUAAUUAGAAAGAAUUUCAAGUUCGGAGCAAUUAGAGAGUGCAGGUUUGCCUUUAAGUAGGCUUAGGAUCAGAGAUUACUUUAAAAAUAAUGAAUUUUAUAACAAUUUUUGUUUGCGUUAGAAAAUGAUACAGUUGCAUUACAAGACCUGCAACGGAUCUUUUCCUCAGGUGGAGCAUAACACGUAACGUUACAUAAUUAACUAAAGUAAACAAAUCAUGCUGAUGUGCAGUGAAAUGUAAGAAAAAAAAAAAACAAAUGACAUUGUCUGCAAGUCUACAAAAUUCUUUAUUAGGAGUAUGCUUAAAAUGAAACUAUAUAUGAUGA